AGACAUACUGAUAUCAUACCAAGACAUAACAAUGAACGUGCAAAAAGCAAACCUAUCACACUGGUUUUACAACAGGAACCCGGAUCGCACCUUGAACCUUACGAUAAAAAAGGAGAGAUCUCAUGCAAAUCACAUGUAGCUAGUUACCUUGCUCGAAAAACUAGUGACCUAGGCAAAAGCAAAAAAAACCUGCCGUUGGCACCCAACGAGGUAAAAAAUAAACUUACCACUUAUACCUUAAACAAAACAAGUCGAACCUCUAACAACCAAUUACACGUCAAUAACAAUAUGAUAUUGGAAAAAGCCAUUGAGCCUAAUAUAGUAACUAACAAUAUUGCCCCACAAUCUAAAAAUGAAACCAUUUUAAGUCCUAUACAAAAAGGCAAUAACAACACCUUAAAGAAGAAGAAAGAAAAACUGCCCUUAGAAAGAAAACCUAAACAAGAGUUUUUAAAAGAAAAUAUAAAACAAAAUGAGUCAGCUGAGAAAUGGGUAGAUAAACAAUAUAACCCAAGGAAAUGUAAGAGAUUUAUAACACAUCUCUUACCAGAGUCAUUCCCUAAACAAGUUAAAAAGCUUAGAGAACUUGUUAAAGAAAAUGAAAAUAGAGUCAAAUUAAUUGGAGUAACAACCGACGCUCAUUGGGAUGAAAUA